AGCUCAGCGGCCGACCAUGGCGACCGCCGCCGAGCAGUGGGUCCUGGUGGAGAUGGUACAGGCUCUCUACGAGGCCCCUGCUUAUCAUCUUAUUUUGGAAGGAAUUCUGAUACUCUGGAUAAUCAGACUUCUUUUCUCUAAAACUUACAAAUUACAAGAACGAUCUGAUCUUACAGUCAAGGAAAAGGAAGAAUUGAUCGAAGAAUGGCAACCGGAACCUCUUGUUUCUCCUGUUUCAAAAGACCAUCCUGCUCUCAACUAUAACAUUGUUUCAGGAAUCUUUCUAAGUUGCCCAUGCUGACCUCAAACUUGUGAUCCACCUACCUCAGCCUCCUGGGAGUAGCAGGGAUUACCUGGCUCAAUUAGGUGGUUUUUGUUUGUUUUUUUAACUUCAUUCUUAUUUAUCUAUGU